UACUGGGGACAAAAAGAGAGGAAGAGGGGGUAAAAGUAGCCAGGAAGGCACUCUUUACUUUAUUAAUAGACACAUGGUUAGUGGGCAGAAGUGAAGAAAUAGGGUAAAAUGACACGAUGCUACACACUCUUGCACAGUAGGUGGCGGUAUGCACCACGAAGUUGUUUGUGAUACGCCAGUAAACCGAGAAGAAGAAGAAGAAGAAGAAGACGACGAGGAGGAGGAGGAGGAGGAGAAGGAGGAGGAUCACCUGCAGUGAAGUGGGCGGUCAGCAGCAAUGUAAUUAAUCAUCCACUCGUUAUUCAUGUGCAGUGGAUUUCAUGUAUGUGCUGUGGAUUUGUUAGUUUACAGCCCAGACCUGCUUGGGAAAUUUUGAUGCUGUUGUCAGCAUGGCUUCGUCCUCCAGCUUUGCCCCUCCAAAACUGGCUGACUUCAUCCUCACAGAGCGGCUGGGCAGUGGUACCUAUGCUACAGUCUACAAAGCCUACAGGAAGGGGGACAGUCGAGAGGUGGUGGCGGUGAAGGUGGUUGGGAAGAAGACUCUAAACAAAGCGUCUACAGAGAACCUGCUCACAGAGAUUGAAAUCCUCAAGACUGUGCGUCACCCUCAUAUAGUCCAGCUAAAAGACUUUCUGUGGGAUACUGAAAACAUUUAUCUAAUCCUGGAAUGGUGUUCUGGAGGAGAUCUUUCCCGCUUCAUCCGCAGUCGCAGGAUCUUACCUGAGAAAGUGGCCCAGCGUUUCCUGCAGCAGAUAGCCUGUGCCCUCCAGUUUCUUCAUGACCGAAACAUCUCACACUUGGACUUGAAACCGCAGAAUAUCCUGCUCAGCGGUUCUGUUCUAAAACUGGCAGAUUUUGGCUUUGCCCAGUACAUGUCACCAUGGGAUGAGCAGAGUGUCCUGAGAGGCUCUCCUCUUUACAUGGCUCCUGAGAUGGUGUGCCGACGGCAGUAUGACUCCAGGGUGGAUCUCUGGUCAGUAGGAGUCAUUCUCUACGAGGCAAUGUUUGGGCGAGCACCGUUCGCAUCAAAGUCAUACGCUGAAUUGGAGGAAAAGAUCCGGAGUAACCAACCUAUUGAGCUCCCUCCAGGGGCCAGGGUAUCCAAGGACUGCAGGGACCUUCUGUUGCGGCUGCUGGAGAGAAAUCCAGAUGCCCGGAUCACCUUUGCAGAGUUUUUCACCCACCCUUUUGUGGAUAUGGAGCACAUGCCAAGUGUAGAGAGCCUAGGGAAAGCGAAAGCGCUGGUCCUGCAGGCCGUUCAGAAGGACCAGGAAGGGGAGAGGACCGCCGCUCUGUCUCUUUACUGCAGUGCCCUUGAGCACUUUGUCCCCGCCAUUCACUACGAGACAGACCGACAACGUAAAGAUGCCCUCAGGCAGAAGGUCAGCCAGUAUGUGUCCAGAGCCGAGGAACUGAAAGCCCUGGUGGCCUCAGACAACAGACUGAGCUUUGAGGAGGCCCGGACCUCCAGGGAUGUCCUCCGAGAAAUGUCUCGAGACCAACCACGACUGCUGGCUGCUCUGGAGAUAGCCUCUACUGCCAUUGCUAAGGAGGAGAGCGGACUGGAUGAUCACGAGGCCCUGGAUGUGUACCAACAGUGCUUAGGAGAACUCCUGUUGGCACUAGCAGCCGAGCCCCAGGGCCGCAGGAGGGAGCUGCUCCACAGCGAGAUUAAAAGCCUCAUGUCCAGAGCUGAAUACCUCAAAAAGCAUAUCAAGAUGCAGGAGACUCAGAGGGAUGUGACUCUGGAUCGAGAGCCUCUUGCCGACACUGUUAGAAGCUCCUGCUGUUUGCAGUAAGCUCGACGGCUACCAUGGUAACCAGCUGGAACGCCCCACAGAGCAUGUCUGUUCGUACACAGAGCCAAACCUCCACCUGACCAGGUUUCUGCCCGGGCCAAAUCAAACCUGCAUCACACCUCACCCUAACCAACUAAACACACUGUCCGGGUGGGAAACUACUGUUGCCAGCCAAAUGUGGCCAAUGUUUUGGUUGUUGCUGGAAAGUUUUUCUAUCAGAUAAUUUGGCAGGUAGACGACUUGUGUUUAUUAGGAUUGAGGGGGAAAAAAAAUAUUGGCUGGUAAAAUACUCAAGAGUUGCUUUUGAAAUUUUGGAUUUGCACACCAGCAAAUGUGAAAAUGAGUUCCCUGCUCUUUACACUGUGUUGUUGCACUGCUUAGCCUCAAAUCCCUCCUCCUGACACACCAUUGAUAUGUAAAUGCUGGACAGCUUGUAUGACAAUACCACACUGUCAUGGUAAACGAGUUAAACCGAGACUUUUGCAUUUUGUUUUAGCGCAGGACAUUCUGAAGUAUUUGCAGCACACCCAAAAACUGUGAAAACAUGAAAAUAGACUGAAAUGGGAACCGUGACGUGAAGAUGUUUCCCGCAAUUUUGAACUGUAGUAUUAAGUACAUUAUAUUGAGGCUUCUGCAAACAUGCAGAUACUCCCUCACCCCUCCUUCCCCACUGCCUUUACUGUGGGUCAACCACAGGCUCACCAUGCUCUCUCCACUGAUGGAGCCCUCUCCACCACUAUGAGGGGAAAACUGGAGAGGUGCGGCCUCUGCCUUAUUUACACUAGACUUGCAUUUUCUUAGGUUUGGCACUGGCCGAGUAUUUGAGGGAUACAGUGAGUUGUGGCGCUCAAGCAAAGCCUUCAUAACUAGGCCUCUGUGAAACGGUAAAAAGCUUAACAGCCGGUGGCAGGCUGAUAAUCCUCGCUGUUGUAGGUCUUCGCAGACUGUUUUGAUUUCAAACAGGUAAAGUGCUUGAAUAUUCCGAGAGCUUUAAUUUUAAGGCAACUAGAGAAAAUACCUGAAAUAGGAGUCAAGGGAGAAAAGUAUAAAUAUGUCUGCUGGAAAGAGUUCCACACUGCUGUGUUGUUUUAUUUUUUAUUGGAAUGUUUAUACAGCUGUGAUUUUAUAAUGUACUGUAUUUAUUAAAUGAAACACUCAGUAAAAAAAUAAAAUCUCUGAAGUCAAUCUAGUCUGUAACUUCUUCAGACAUUUUGUCAACAGCAUAAGGCAAGCGCUCGUCUUUGUCCAGAACCUAUGGAAAGAUUUAUGUGCCGUCGUGGGAGCUACGCUGCUGGUCCCUGGCCAUCGUCAUCAUCUGGAAGGCCGCUCUGCAGAAACAGCUGGCUCAUGUCCACAAGGGGCGGAGAGAGGAAGGCAGGCAGGGGAAACUUAAUGUGAGUCAGUGGCAGCAAGAAGUCAGACUGAAAGACUGCUGGACUACUGGUGUGGACCUUCAAACAGAGACCAGGAGAUUGAGCAUCUGAUAUAGGCUGUGGAGUCCUGCUCUAAAUGAAGCAUCACACAAAUCAAUACUCUCUCUGUGAGACUCUCAACAUCCAAAAUGUGAAAAGGAACUUUGAUCACAAGUCAACAACUUCAGCGUCCUGAUCCUCACAGCAGUCUGACACCGAUCCUGGCCUACUUUCCCAGUCCCUGUGGAUCAGGAGAGACAGAGCGCGUCUCAGUGUCUUUUUGUCACAGGCUUAGCCAGGCCCUGUUAGCCUAUACCUGGCUCGCUUUUAAAAUCUCACUCAAACUUCAAAGCUGACACCGGUGAAUAGAUCGAAACGUAAUGCAGUGAAUAAGAUCAAAACUGUACUCUCUGUGAAAUUGAAUAAAAAGAAAGAAUUUGCCUAACCAGCAUGUUUAAACAUCAAAUUAUAUCCUCU